UAAUCUAAAUCGUACCUGUGAGUUUAGUGGAAUAGUCAUGUUAUUAGAACUGAGUCUUUGGCUGCUUGUAUUACCAGCCGCUCUCUCGGCUCCAGCUAGACAACAAUGCACCACAGGCAAAAACAAACUGCUGUUAGUCUCGUUCGACGGCUUCAGGUGGGACUAUGACAGAGAUGUGGACACUCCAAAUCUGGACAGAAUGGCUGAGGAAGGAGUCAAGGCGACAUAUAUCACUCCACCUUACGUGACCAUGACCAGUCCUUCACACUUUACACUGUUAACUGGAAGGUACAUUGAGAACCAUGGUGUGAUUCAUAACAAUUGGUUCAACGUAACCACACAGGAAAAGGAACAGUACUACAUGACACAGUUUAAGAAUGAGUACUGGGAUAAUGGCAGUCUGCCUAUUUGGAUCACAGCUCAAAGACAGGGUCUGAAAACAGGAUCCCAUUACUUUCCUGGCACUGCUGCUUCCUACCAAAACGAAACAGUUCAAGAACAAAAAGUGGAAGUAAGAUUUUAUGACCACACCAAUGAAACAGUAUGGAGGGAGAAUGUGGAUACAGUAAUUGGGAAAUGGUUUAAAGAGAAAGACUUAGACCUUGUAACGUUGUAUUUUGGUGACCCAGAUGAGACGGGGCACAAGCACGGGCCUGAUUCACCUGAGAGGCGAGAAGCUGUCAAAAAAGUUGACCGGACAGUGGGCUACAUCCGGGAAACCGUAAAGAAACAUGGACUUAGUAAUAAACUGAAUAUUAUCAUCACUGCUGACCAUGGAAUGAGCACAGUGUUUAAAGGAGAAAACGUGAACGAAAUCAUUCUCAGUAAAAUCCCAGGUUUCUCUUUGUCGGAUCUGAAAUUCCACAUGGUAGACUAUGGAGCCUCUGGGAUAGUGUUGCCCAAAGACGGGAGGCAUGACAAGGUUUACAAAGCUUUGAAAGGAGGUCAUCCAAACCUUCACGUUUACACGAAGGAGGACAUGCCUGGACGAUUGCAUUACGCCAACCAUCCACGCAUCCUACCCAUAAUUCUCUAUGCAGACCCAGGAUAUGUCAUAAACGGGUUCUACCCAUUCCAGACCAAUAUAGGAGAACAUGGCUAUGACAAUGAGGUCAUGGACAUGAAGGCUUUCUUCAGGGCAGUAGGACCAGAUUUCCACAAAAACUUGUUGGUUGGACCAUUUGAGUCUGUAAAUGUGUACGCUCUAAUGUGCCACCUACUGGGCAUAACACCAGAAGUCAAUGACGGGUCACUGGAUGUCACCCGACACAUGCUGAUCUCCAAUGGAGAGCCAUGUGGAUCCAAAGAUACUCCAGUGUCAAGUCUUAAAAAUGUCAUCGUUGGGCUUGGUGCUGUGGCUGGAUUUUUAGUUGUGGUGUUUGUGAUUGUUACAUCAAACAAUGUUUAUAAACGGCAUAAAAAGAAUCAAAGCAGAACAAAAGACAUGAAAGAUGAGGAUGAGGAUGAUAUCAAGCAAACCACAUUCUAAGAGAGAUAAUCGAUCAGACUUAAUUUAAUAUAACAGCGGGGUCCAAAAGUCUGGGACCAUAUUGAACAACAUCUGUGAUUUAUUCUUCCAUUUAAGCUCAUAUUGUUGUUAAUAUCAUUUGUAAUGAAAAUGCAUUUCACAAAAUAGAGGCAUUUUUACUAGUAGGCUGACAUUUUUCUACUCCUUAUAUAGUAAUAUGCAUCAUAUUGACUGACGUAAAGCCUCACGUAGUAAACAGAUAAACUGAAUUUCUUUAUUAU